UGAAUCCUGAGAAAGUGACUCUGAAAAGACUUGGGGUUCAUAACAGCCACACAACCCAACAUGGGCUCCCCGUGCUACAAAGUGCUAAUUGGACCCUCGGCCAUAUUAAUGAGAGCGUCGGUGCUGCUGGCCGUUCUGGGGGCAGCGACAUGGCCCCACAAAAACAAGGCGAGGACGGGAGAAAGCCUCUGCGGGCGAGAGAUUUCGAGAACUCAGCCAAAGGAAGCUGGAGAGGCGACCUGAGCCAAUCCUUGCUGCUGAUAAGCUCCUGAACCUAGCAGAGAAAGAGCUGAAAAAUCCGUGGCCGGCAGCUAAAACCCAAACAAACUCCCGUGUUGAAUAAGGCAGCACAUUUUACACCGCUGUGGGUGCUUAUCCAUUGGCACAAACUCCUAAGGGUGGGGGUGGAUUUUCCGUCUCUUGAGGCCUCCCCAUCUCAACUGGCUGCCUUCCCGGAAGAGGCUUGAAUCAAACACAAGUGACUGGGUUCCCUACCAGGAGAAGUGGGUGCCGUUCUCUGACCUGGGUUCUACCGGAUGUCAGACGCAUCCUGGGCCUGGCCGUUUAAAUCGGAUUAAAUUCAGGAAGGACCUAUGCAAAGUACGGAGCUCAGGCAGGAGCAAUGCGUCACCCAGAUGUUGUCAGCAGCUACCGGUGUGGUGCUCAGCUCUUGUUCGAGGAUGAUAACAGUCGGCUGCGUGCGUGUUCCCUCUGUGUGCUGCCCCAGCUCUGCAGAUCGCUGACACAGCAAACCCCGAGAGAGCCCUCAAAGACCACGCACUCUAAUAAGGUACGAAGGAACCCGAGCCAGGUUUAUUGUCACACGAAGCAUAGGAAUAGUUUCCCGUAGACCCUACAGGACAUACUAUGAAUUUGUGCCCCGGCAAUGGACCGGCUCAGUCAGUGGCGGGACUUACCACUGCUCCCUAGGCUGGCCAAAGACGCGCACACUGGGACCUACUUUUGUACAGUUACAGGGCAGAUUAUUCAUCCCUCCUAACGUAUUGAGGUUCAGCCCCUCGGCUCAUUAGGGACUGUCUCCCCUUUGAUCAUGUUGUUCCAGACAAACAGAUCUAUCCAUCAUGCUGUCCUGUCUUUAAGAUGCACCUGCCUGUUCCUUGUCAUGUCUAUGGAGUGUCCUUGUAGCAGGUUGUCCAGGUGCCAUCUUGGCACAAGUUCCUCUUAUUAGCCCUUAUUUGUGAACGCAGCUGCUUCUAACAACCCUCUUCUCGCCAGUUGCUGGGAGUGAGGCCUGCCUCUGGUUCACAGCCCAGCUUUUGCUUAGCAAUGUCUGGAAGUACUUUGGUUCAGGCUUCAGGCCUCAGACUAGGCCUCUGACACAAGAGUUUAUAUUUCAGGGCCUCAUCUUACUACACCAGAUACAAAGCGGGGAAUGAUGGCCUAGGAGGCAGAGCUGCAGAAAAGGACCUGGGGCUGAGAGUGGCUCACAGAUAAAAUACGAGUCAACAAGGUGAUGUGGUUGGCAAACACCUCCCCCCCACCCCCACCCCCACCCCCACAUGAACAUUGUUCUGGGGCGUUGCAGGCGAGAGCUGGGAAGUCGUUCUCCCCCUGUGCUCAGUGCUGCUAAGGCCUCAGCUGUGUCCAGUUCUGGGCCCCGCGCGGAGGAGAAAGAGCCCCGAAAAGGAGGGAACAGUCCAGAAAACAUGAUUUAUGAGGAGAGGUUGAAAAAGCGGGGUUGGCCUCGUCGGGAGAAGAGAAGACAGAACGGGGACACGAGCAUCGUCUUCGAGCACAAGAAAGAGGGUUACAAAAAGCAGGGUGAUCGAUUGUUCUCCUUACCCGCAGAGGACAGGACAAGAAGCAAUGGGCUUCAGUUGCAGUCACCACGUGUCCUAGGAGACCCCUUCCAGCCGCUAUUGCGAUGAUAAUAAAUAAUCAUUGUCACUAAACCAGCCUCCAUUCUGCAGGUCCCUCCACUGCCGGCCAGUGUAUUGUCCCGCUGAUCUUGGAGUCAAAGUUCUGGCCACCUGAUCUUCUUGCAUUUAGCCUCUUAGGCUUAGCUAAAAGCCUCGCUGCAGAGUGGUGCUCGGUGUUCUUAACAACGUUGCUAGGCGAAUUCCUCACGUCUUCUUCCGCAGAAAUAGUGGAUGGCAGCACGGGAAGGAGCCGUCCCGAAACUGGCGGAGAUGGGGUGAAAAAUCUCUGCUCACCCAAAUCCAUCAAUUGCACCUAUCUUUCUAGCUGGGGCACAGAUUAUCCCGAUUCUUCCCCCGCUGUGACCUCCCGGAUGGAGAGAGGGGAAGAGCCGAGCGUCCCGGAUCUCCAGGGCUCUGAGGAAAGGGAGAUCUCAGGAGCGGAGCGGAAAUCGCCGGAGGACAAACCUCCCCAGGACCCCAAGCUCGCUGGCCCUGAGUGGCCGUGGGAGAACCUUUCCUGGACCCAAGCGGGCCGCCCGCCCCGCCUCGAGCCCCCGUCCUCCUCCGCCCGGCCCCCUGCCCCGCCGCAGCGCAAGGGCGAGCGCCCCUACAUCUGCAACGAGUGCGGGAAGAGCUUCACCCAGUGGUCCAAGCUGGUGCGGCACCAGCGCAUCCACACGGGCGAGCGGCCCAACACCUGCACCGAGUGUGGGAAGAGCUUCACCCAGAGCUCCCACCUGGUCCAGCACCAGCGCACCCACACCGGCGAGAAGCCCUACCGCUGCUCCGAGUGCGGCAAGAGCUUCAGCUGGAGCUCCAACCUCAUCCAGCACCAGCGCACCCACACCGGCGAGAAGCCCUACCAGUGCGGGGAGUGCGGCAAAGCCUUCAGCCAGAGCACCAACCUCAUCAAGCACCAGCGCUCCCACACCGGCGAGAAGCCCUACCAGUGCGGCGACUGCAAAAAGAGCUUCUACCGCAGCUCCGACCUCAUCCAGCACCAGAUCACCCACACCGGCGAGCGGCCCUUCAAGUGUGCCCAGUGCGGCAAAGGCUUCACCCAGAGCGCCAACCUGGUCAAGCACCAGAAGAUCCACGCCGGGGAGAAGCCCUUCCGGUGCACUGAAUGCGGGAAGACGUUCAUCCAGAGCUCGGAGCUCAUCCAGCACCAGCGCACCCACACCGGUGAGAAGCCCUACGAAUGCCUGCAGUGCGGGAAGAGCUUCGGGCACAGCGCCACGCUGGUCAAGCACCAGCGGCUGCACAUGGGGGUGGAGCCCUACAAGUGCCCCACCUGCCACAAGACCUUCGGGCUCAGCUCGGCCCUGGCCCGCCACCAGCGCUGCCACACCGAGGAGCGGCCCUACGCCUGCAGCGAGUGUGGGCAGAGCUUUAGUCUCAGCUCCAACCUCACCCUGCACAUGCGGAUCCACCGGGGCGAGAAGCCCUACCGGUGCGGGGAGUGCGGGAAGAGCUUCGGCAUGAGCUCCACCCUGAUCCGGCACCAGCGGAUCCACACCGGCGAGAAGCCCUACCAGUGCGCCGAGUGCGGGAAGAGCUUCGUCCGCAGCUCCCACCUCAUCCAGCACCGCCGCACCCACACCGGCGAGAAGCCCUACCGCUGCGGGGAGUGCGGCAAAGCCUUCAGCCAGAGCUCCAACCUCAUCACCCACGAACGCAUCCACAUGGAGGAGCGGCCCCACGUGUGCCACGAAUGCGGCCAGCGCUUCGCCGAGGAGGAGGCCCUGCGGCGGCACCAGGAGGAAGGGCAUAGUGGCGGGGCGGGAGGCAGGGGGCUCGGGGAGAGCCGGGAGGCUUGCAUCUGCAAUGAUUGCGGGAAAAGCUUUGGAGAUAGCUCAGCGCUGGCCAAGCACCAGGAGAUCCAUUCAUCUUGUAUCUGCGACGACUGUGGACAAAGCUUUGGAGAUAGCUUAGCGUUGGCCAAGCACCAGAUAACCCAUGUGUCUUGCAUCUGUAAUGACUGCGGGGAAAGCUUUGGAGAUAGCUCAGCGUUGGCCAAGCACCAGGAGAUCCAUUCAUCUUGCAUCUGCAAUGAUUGUGGGCAAAGCUUUGGAGAUAGCUUAGCGUUGGCCAAGCACCAGAUAACCCAUGUGUCUUGCAUCUGUAAUGACUGCGGGGAAAGCUUUGGAGAUAGCUCAGCGUUGGCCAAGCACCAGGAGAUCCAUUCAUCUUGCAUCUGCAAUGAUUGUGGGCAAAGCUUUGGAGAUAGCUUAGCGUUGGCCAAGCACCAGAUAACCCAUGUGUCUUGCAUCUGUAAUGACUGCGGGGAAAGCUUUGGAGAUAGCUCAGCGUUGGCCAAGCACCAGGAGAUCCAUUCAUCUUGCAUCUGCGAUGAUUGUGGGCAAAGCUUUGGAGAUAGCUUAGCGUUGGCCAAGCACCAGAUAACCCAUGUGUCUUGCAUCUGUAAUGACUGCGGGGAAAGCUUUGGAGAUAGCUCAGCGUUGGCCAAGCACCAGGAGAUCCAUUCAUCUUGCAUCUGCGAUGAUUGUGGGCAAAGCUUUGGAGAUAGCGUCGCGCUGGCUGAGCACCAGGAGAUCCAUGCCCCAUGCAUCUGCCCAGAGUGCGGACAGAGCUGUAAGGACAGUGCUGCCCUCACCCGGCACCAGAUCACCCACAUGCGUGAAAAGCUUUACAAGUGCCCUGACUGUGGGCAAAGCUUUGGUGACAUCUCUGCCCUCACUCAGCACCAGAGGAACCACAUCAGGGAGAAGCUGAGGUGCCCCGAUUGCGGGCAGGGGCUCGGGGUGAGCUCGGCUCCGGCCCCGUCCAAGCCUUUCCAUGAGUGCUCGGCGGCCAGUGCCCACGAAAGAAGCCACGUCGAGGGGGAGCCCGUCCGUGACAGCUCAGAGCUUGGUGUCCACGAAAAAGGCCACCCCAGGGCAGAACCGUCCCACGCAGCUCUGGGCGUCCAUCAAAGAGGCCGGGCCGCAGCAGAUCCCUUCCCUGAUGACUCAGCCAGCGGUGGCCGCCCCAGCUCGGGCGAAAUGGCCAGCCUCAUCCAGUGCCCGGCCACUGAACCCUACAAGUGCCACGACUGCAGCCAGAGCUUUGCUGAGGGCUCGGGUCUCUCCCGCCACCUGGCCUCCCACCCCAAGCCCUUCCGGUGCCCGCAGUGUGGGCGCGGCUUCCCGGACGCGGCAGCCCUGGCCCGGCACCGGGAAGUCCACGCUGGAGGGGAGCCGGCUGGGCUCGGGGAGAAGAGCCGCAAGAGCUGUGCCGAGAUCUCCGCCAUCCUCUUGCGCCAGGGAAACCACGUGGCCGGGCGUGGCCCACGGAGGCACGCGGCAGACGGCUCCCUUCCUCCCAGCGGCUCAGGCCUGGCUCGGCCACGCCUCCAACCCUUGGGCCGCGGACCAGCCACGGCUGCCCGCCGGGACGGGAGGAUGUCUCUGGCACGUCCGGAAUGUGGCAAAGGCUCCCAGGGGGGCUCUGUGCUCCUACAACACCUCCAGAACCAUGUGGGGGACAGGGUGUGAAGGCCCCGAGGCCACCCGGCCACUCGAUUACACGUGUCUUUCAUCUCCUGGCCCGGGAGGAACUCAGCUGGGAACCUUCCCUCGAACUGCAGCGGCUGGGA